AUGGCGCAUCCUCCAACUUCUUGGAGGAUCAUCCAUCUGCUAGUCUCCCUGAUCAUUAUUCACCGUGCUCUCAUCAUAUCAGCAGAUACAGAUCCACAAGAUACCUCUGCCCUCAAAGGCAUAGCAGCUUCCUGGGAUAACGCCAUGUCCAAGCUAUCGGAUUGGGUUGGAAAUGAUCCUUGUGGACAAAAAUGGCCAGGAGUAUCCUGCAUCCAGAAUCGUGUCACCUCGAUUAGGCUGUCAAGUUUUGGAUUGUCUGGGUCACUUUCAGGAGAUGUACAGUCAUUGUCAGAACUACAGUACCUGGACUUAUCUUACAACAACUUGAGCGGUCCACUUCCAUCGACCAUUGGAUCCUUGAGUAACCUUGAAAGCCUGAGCGUUGUUGGCUGCCAAUUUUCUGGUGACAUACCGAAAGAACUCGGCCAGCUCCCAAAACUGCGGUUCCUAUCUUUGAACACGAACAGGUUUAAUGGAAAGAUACCUCCAUCAAUUGGCAACCUUUCAAAUUUGUACUGGCUUGACUUGGGUGAAAACCAUCUGACCGGAUCACUUCCUGUCUCUGAUGGAACUAAUACUGGAUUGGACAAUUUGACAAAUGCUCUGCAUUUUCAUUUUGGGGACAACCAACUAUCAGGCACCAUACCAAGCCAACUAUUCAAUUCAAAUUUGAAGCUGAUACAUCUGUUGCUUGACAACAACAAUUUCACUGGCAGCAUUCCUCCCACAUUGACCCUUUUGACCAAACUCGAAGUCCUGCGUCUCGACAGAAAUUACCAAUUGACUGGGCCUGUUCCUGCCAACAUCAAUAAUCUAACAAAACUUCAAGAGUUGCAACUGGAAAACAAUAAGUUGACAGGCCCUCUGCCAGACUUGACAGGAAUGGAUUCACUCUAUGUUGUUUCCAUGGGCAACAACAACUUCAGCGCAUCCAAUGUUCCAACCUGGUUCACAGCUUUGUCAGCCUUGACUACACUGUAUCUUGAGAACCUACACAUCACUGGGGAGCUUCCACAGACUCUUUUCAAACUCCCAGCUAUUCAGACACUGGGUCUUAGGGGCAAUAAUUUCAACGGUACUCUAAACAUCGGAUCAGACUACAGCAGUACGCUCUCACUGAUUGAUUUGCAAGACAACCAGAUCACCGCUCUCACUGUGAGUGGGACACCAUACAAAAAGAAUCUCAUACUUGUUGGGAACCCAAUCUGCGAUCAGGGGAACAGCGGGGCAUCAUACUGCAAAACUUCACAGCAAGCAAACCCAGCAGCAAGUCCUUACUCCACUCAUCUCAAUUGUCCUGGACUACAGCCCACAUGCCUGUCGGACCAGUACAUCAGCCCCAACUGCAACUGUGCAGUGCCAUACAUGGGCACUCUGCACUUCCGGUCACCGUCGUUUUCUGACCUGAACAAUGAUACCUACUUUAUACUCCUCGAGGAAAACAUGAAAGAAGUGUUCCUGGACAAGCAGCUUCCUGUUGAGUCCAUUGCUCUGGCUAACCCAGCAUUUGAUCCUACCAACAACUUGGAAAUAAGCUUGAAAGUGUUCCCAAGUGGCAAGAUUCGGUUCAGCAAAGAGGAUAUCUCCUACAUUGGGUUCAUGCUCAACAACCAGACCUAUAAACCUCAUGUUCCUGGUAUAAAUUACGGGCCAUACUAUUUCAUUGGGCAAUCCUACCCAUUCGCUGAGAAAAUAUCAGCACCCGGACAGACGAAAAGCAACCGCGCUCUCGUCAUUGGUGUUUCAGUUGGUGGUGCCUUUGUUGUUGUUUCACUGCUUCUUGUUUUCACAGUUUUCUUUUUCAUGAGGAACAGAAGACCAAAUCUGCAGCCACAACCAAGGAGCCCAUCUUACGCUUCAUGGGACAUCAAGAGCAGCAGCAUCAGCAGCCCCCAUCUCCAAGGUGCACGGGUGUUCACGUUCAAUGAGCUGAAGAAAAUUACAAACAGCUUCUCAGAUGCCAAUGACAUUGGAACUGGUGGCUAUGGGAAGGUCUACAGAGGAGUCCUCCCAAAUGGGCAGCUCAUUGCAGUGAAAAGAUCUGAACAAGGGUCCUUGCAGGGCACCCUAGAGUUCCGAACUGAGAUAGAACUCCUAUCCAGGGUUCAUCACAAGAACCUUGUCAGCCUUGUGGGAUAUUGCGUUGACCAGGGUGAGCAAAUGCUGGUCUACGAGUAUGUGCCCAAUGGCACACUCAAGGACAGCCUCACAGGGAAGUCCGGGGUGCGCCUAGAUUGGAGAAGACGGCUGCGAGUAGUACUUGGCGCAGCGAAAGGCAUAGCCUACCUGCAUGAGCUUGCAGAUCCUCCGAUAGUGCACCGGGACAUAAAGUCAAGCAACAUUCUUCUCGACACAAACCUCCACACAAAGGUCUCUGACUUUGGCCUCUCCAAGCCUCUGAACCAGGAUGCAAGGGGUCAGGUCACUACUCAAGUGAAAGGAACAAUGGGAUAUCUGGACCCCGAAUACUACAUGACGCAGCAGCUGACCGAGAAGAGCGACGUGUACAGCUUCGGCGUGCUGCUACUUGAGGUGAUCACAGCGAGGAAGCCAUUAGAGCGGGGAAGGUACGUCGUGCGUGAGGUGAAAGGCACAGCCGAUAGGAGCAAGGACCUCUGCGGCCUCCACGAACUCCUGGACCCAAUGCUAGGCCCCACAUCGCUGGCCGGCUUCGAGCAGUACGUCGACUUGGCUCUGAGGUGCGUGGCGGAGGCAGGGAUGGAUCGCCCGCCGAUGAGCGAGGUCGUGACGGAGAUUGAGAAGAUCAUGAAGGUCGCGGGCAUGAACCCGGCCGACUCGGCAUCUAACUCACUGAGCUACAACAGCAGGUCGCCGCGCCAUCCAUACAAUGGGGAGUCUCAAUUUGACUACAGUGGUGGCAUCCCAUCUUCUUCGAGGGUUGAACCAAAAUGAUCGGUUGGUCUGCUCACAGUGUUUGUUGUCCAUGUAAAUGGUGCGCACUUGUUUGUUUGUCUUACGGUUCAUCAAGGUUCUGAACUUCUUUGUAAAUAGUUGGUUUCUUGAAGAACUUCUGUAUAAAUAGUUACCACCUGGGGUGUGAUGUGAGCUGUGGUAGAAAUCUCAUGUCUUGGUAGUGCUUUUGUAUAGGAAUCUUUUAGUGGUCACUCACUGUCAUAUAUGUUUAACGAUUUCAAUGGUGCUAAGUGGAUUGGGAAAUUUUGCUACUUCACUAAUGAGUAAUGUGCAAUCAGAAUCAGUCCCCAGAAGUAACUAGUUUGCAAAAAAGAACAUUUUUUUCCCCAAAUGCAACAGGCUGGGAAGAUAAGCCCAAUCGA